CUAAAUUUUGUUUUUUUUUUCACUCAUAGCGUUGUCGUCUCUCGUCCUAGCGAUGGAGCCGAUCAACCGCCUCCAGGGCGGACGGUCCUCUUAGGAUAGGGAACGCAUGGUCCCCAUGGCGGCAAAUACUUGACGAGCCACCCUCUCGCGUGCAACCCUCGAUCGAACACCGGGGCCGCUGCUAACACGCUACGGGCUCCGCAAUCGUCGCACCAGUGUGUGCAGAUUCCAUCGAACCGGGUUGCUACCCUGGAGUAGGACCAACAAAUUUCUCGCUUUCAUCACUUUCUGUUUGUGAUCAAGUUUUAGCCUUGCAUAUUAUUGGUGAAAACAUCCAGGAUUUUUGUGAUCGAUGGAUGAUUGGUAGCAGUUAAUUUCUGUGGCUGUGGCGGGUUUGGUGUUCGGAGGAGGAUUAGCAGCUGCAGACUGGCAGAGGAAGGGAACUUUUAUUUGGUAUCAGCAGGAUCAUAGGGACAGAAAUCGACAUGUCCAUACAGAAUUCUUAUGGAAUUGAUGCUAGAAUUAGAAUUUAUAGAUAGAUUUCUGACCCCAGUUUACAUGCACAUUGUCCAAUUGUCAUUUUGGAUAUGGAUCUCAUAAGGUCUCUGUACUCACUGAGCCUUUUUUUUUCCCUUCUCGGGUCUGAGAAACUUGUACCUGCUGUUGCUGAGUUUGCAUCUGAUCUAACUCUGCAAGAGACAGACGUUUCAUCUUUGGUGGAGACAGAUGUUUCAUCCUUGGUGGAGAUGUUCAGCACUACAUCACUGGAAGAAUCAAUCGUUGGUCCAGGGACAGUGCCGCAUAACACCAUUGGCAGCUCAUUGAGGUCUUCUCCAUUCACCUGUCAGAAGUUUAUGGCAGCUCCUGCAGAGUCUUCAUCUCCUAAGAGAGAUGUUUCAUCCUCGGAGGAGUUGCUUGAUGCUACAUUACCAGAAGAAACAAUCAUUGCUAUUCCAGGGAUAUUGCCGCAUAAGACCGUUGAUGGCUCACCAAGUUUCUUUCCAUUCAGCUGCGAGAAGCUUGUGGAAGGCAUUGCUGAGUCUGUAUCUGUACAGACUCCACAAGAACAAGAUGUGUCAUCUUUGGGCGCAUUUCUUGACUCUACAUCAUCGGAAGAGUUGAUCACUGCCAGUCCACAAACAGAGCCGUGUGACCAGAAGCUGGUGGCUGCUGCUGUUGAGUCUGCAUCUAUGUCAUCAAAAGGAUCAACCAUUACUAGUCCACAGUCAGUACUGGAUAACACUACUGAUGGCUCUCCACCAUCAGCUUCAUCACCUGGGUCUAAAAUUUUGACCAGAAGUCGUCGGAAUUGGUACCAGGUGUUUUACAUUAGGAUGGACCGUGGGGGGUCAUUCUGCAUGUACCCAAAUCUGGGUGGACCAUUUCAGAGCAUAGAUGAAGCUGAUGAUGCUAUUGAUCGCUAUCUUGAUGAAUUGCGGCAUCGGGCAGGGUGCAAGGAGCUAGCGAAAUUAUCUUAUGUGGAAAGGCGGAUACAUAACUGUAAAUACUAUCUCGAUGGUACACCUAAGAGAGGUCCCAAUAAGCCAAAGGAAGAUGAAAAGCUCUAUUUGGUUCAAGCCUUACUUCAUAAGUAUAAUGAGGACCACAAUAUUUUUGGGAACCAUGCACAUGAACUUGAAGCACUUGUGAGGAAACAGUGGAUCUGUGAGAAUCAUAGAUGGUACUAUCAUUUCAAUUUCACAACAAAGCAAAAUGAAGGCAAUGAUAACUCUAGCAUCAGAAAUAUGUUCUUUGCUGAAGUGUCACAUAUGCAAGGAGAAAGCACUUUGGAGGUCAAUUGUUGCUGCAUGAUCAAACAUGACGAAAAUGGUCAUUGCUAUGGCUGUAGAAACAAUGGAAGUCCUAAUAUGAAGCAUCCCGAUAAUAUUGAUGCAUAUACUGGUGGUCAUUUGGAUGGAUACUUGCCAUUUGGAUUGGAGGAAGCAAGCAGCGGUGACGAGGAAGCUGAGGAGGAAAGGCUGAGGGCUAAGUUCAAGGGUCUCGAUGAUCCAAAAGUAUGGGAGAAACUUCGUAGUUUACCCCAUAGAAGAAAGGUGUUGUGUUCUGAUAUGAGAUUCGGGUGCACGCCCACUCCGUGUCGGCCACCAGCGGCCUUGCUCAAGCCACCAGCAGCCGCUGCCUGGUCUAGGGCUAGAGCACCCGACUCCUCCAGUUCACUCCUCUCAGCGUUCAUGGCGAUUGGUCCUGCUGAGCAGUUUCAGGGGUGGCUCUCCUCCAUCCAUGGCUGGGUGGCUGCGUGGGGAGGGGUGGAGGGGCGGCAGGAGGCGAGCAGCGAGGGGCGGCAGAUCGAGGAAACGAAACGCCGGUGUCGACGGACGGCGAUGCCGCAACCGCCACCCUACCUCGAGGCUACGGGAACUCGGCCCUAUGGACAGAUUAGGAUUCCGAGCGGCUUAGUGAUCAGUGUCUUCCGCGCCCCCGACGGGAGAUUGUACACCGAUGAUCCUGAUUUGGGCGGUCCGUUUCGCCACAGCCGGAGGCUUCUCUCUGCAAUCUAUUGCCGGUUUGGCUGCCAACCGCAGCUAGAGGUGACGCAGGACGGAUCCCCGUCGCCGGCGUUGGCAGAGGAUCCCCUGCCGCUGCCUCCACCUCCACCUCCACCGUCUGACAAGCUUCUGGUAAGUGUUGCUGAGUCUGCAUCAGCACUUACUCUGCAAGAGCCCGAAGUUUCAUCAUCAGAGGUGUUGCUCGAUUUUGUAUCAUCAGAAGAAUUUGACAGUGAUGACAGCACUGACGAGGAAGAAUCUGUUGAUGAUUUAUCACUUGGGCCUAAAAUUUUGAUCCGAGAUCCACCAAAAUGGUACCAGGUGUAUUUUAUUAGGACGGACAGGUCGGGAUUGUUCCACAUGUACCCUGAUCUAGGUGGGCCAUUUCAAAGUUUAGAUGAAGUUGAUUGUGCUAUUAGUCACCAUCUUGCUGAACUGCAGAGCCGAUCAGUGUUGAAGGAGCCAGAAACACAUUCUACUGUGGAUAGGCUGAUACAUGAGCGCAACUAUUAUCCUGAUGGUACACCAAAGAGAGGUCCCAAAUCACGAAACAGAACAAAUCCUAAUGAAGAGCAGCACUAUUUGGUUCAAGCUUUAUUAGACCAGUAUAAUGAUAGUAAAAAUCUUUUCGGGAAUCUUGCACUUGAGCUUAAAAGUCUGUUGAGGCACAAAUUGAUAUAUGGAAAGAAGAAGCUGUAUUAUCAUUUCAAUUUCACAACAAAGGCUGGGAAUCUAUUCUUUGCUGAAGUGUCACAAAUAGAAGGAGAAGGUGCCUGGAAGGCCACAUGUUGUUGCAUGAUUGAUUCUAAUGAAAAUGGCCAGUGCAAUACUUGUAGAAACGAUGGAUGCCCUGAUAUGAAGCACCCCAAUAAUACUGGUGCAUACACUGCUGGUCGCUUGAAUGGAUAUUUUCAGUAUGGAGAAGGGGAGCUAAGUGAAUCCGAUGAUGAUGAUGUUGAAGCUGAGACUGUUAGGUUAAGGGUUCUGUUAAAGGAUCUUGAUGAUCCAGAUGCUAUGGAGAGAAUCUAUCUUCGAGCCGUGCAAAGGCUGCGUAGUAGUGGGUCGGAUGCACAAGUGUAGGGUGUUGCACCAUUGUUCACUUCUUGCUAUGUUAUUCUGUUUAUUAUCUGGUCAAUGGUCCAAACAUAUAUUUUAAGGAGCAGGUUUCUUUGGUGGCACGUGGAAAGGAUAUUACCUUUUUUUUUCUGGUCCUGACCUGUUUCUAUCUCAUGGGUGUACUCUACUAUUUUGUUUGCUGAACCUUUGGGUUGUUCAACAUGGAUUCCAAUCUUACUAGUAAAUGGGUUGUACUCUACU